AUAAUUUUUUUUUUUUUUUUUUGAAACACAUUACACUCCCAGCAAAGAAAUUACGUUUAAAGUGAAAAAAGAAAAAUCGAAAAAAUAUCCGUGUACACCUACCCUCGGCUCAAGGAAUUAAUAGUCUCGUGCACUACGUACCCACACACACAGACACACACAUAUAUAUAUAAACACGUAUUAGGAACAACUUGUACAUGCAAAAAGAUUCGGUAUCGCGGGGCAAUUAGCCAUCACUUUGGCUCGAGCAACACUCACAAAUUCAUAGUACAUUGCACAUUAAGUAUAUUAUAUGUAUGCAAUAGUUGACAAAUAAUCCAAAAAAUCGACCCAUAGUCGUAAAAUCGGUUUGCUUGGCUUCGUGUGUGAACGAUGAAUUGUCAUCGUCUCUCUGAGAUGGUUUUAAUUGAAAACACGCAGGUGUGUACAGGAAUGGACGCAGCGCUUGGCCGAAUGGGGGAGCACAGAAACUGACGAUAUGCGGAGGGCGACGACGAGGUGUUGAUGACGCCACUAAUUCGGACCGACAAUGUAAAUAGCCAGCCAGCCACUUAAUCACGUCCGAGUGCAAUCGAAUCCCUCCCCUCUGCUGUCUAAGUGGAAGAAACCAAGUCGUCGCGAGAAACACCCCAAAAGGGAGCAUGGAGGGGCCUCGCCAACGUCACCGGCCAACAAUAAGAGCCAUGCGGCGCGUGACCAAGGGAGUACAGGCGUACUCGCACCGGAGGCUCGUCGGACGCCGAGUCGCGGCUAAAACCGGCCGAGACCAUGCCCCCGCUGACCUUAGCGUUGCGCGGCCGAGGACCCCCGAUGAUUACCAUAUCGGCGCCCGCGACCCAACGGAUCAACCUAUUCGAGAGGCCCCACGUCACUGCCAGUCGGGCCAACUGUAGACUGGACCCCCACUGCCAACAUGGGCAAUGGCAUGAACAAGGUUCUACCAGGCUUGUACGUGGGCAAUUACCGAGACAGCAAGGACUCGGCGCAACUCGAGCGCUUCGAGAUCACGCACAUCCUCGCCAUCCACGACGCGGCUCGACGAUUGCAUUCCGUAAUGAGCGGUCCAGCGGGGUUGCAUUACUACACGAGCUCGGCGCCGCCCUCGAGGGCAAUGUCCCGGGUGGAUCUGUCGGCAGCGGUAGCGUGUAGCAGCACAAGCGGCGGCGGUAGCACGUUGAGCCUGUCGGCGAUCGGCCGCUCGGCGCCCGUCAGUAGUGGCCAGCAGCUGGUCGCCGGCUCGGCACCCGCCACCCCCAGGGACACCCCGCCCGUUUCGCCCCAGCACUGGUUCAGGCGGCAACAGCCCCAACAACCCGGUGUGCCCCAGAGGCCCGGCACGCCCCAACCGAUGACGUAGCACAGGCUACAGCCACUCAC